UCCUCUCCCACCUACCUCGCCAUGGGUGGAUGCUGGUUAUCCACUGAAGAGUGUCACUCGGAGCAGUGCAGACUAGGGGGUGUCCUAUCACACUGAGCCAUAGCAGAUUAUGACCUAAUAUUCGAUUUCAUUUGUAUUUUAUUGUUUUGAAAUUGUGAAAAGCAGCAAGUACUUAGCUCAGACUGAAGCAUCUCAUCUAAUUUUCUAGAGCAUAGUGUCUCCCCUUUGUGUACGAUGAGACAGUUUAAUGCGCUGUGACGGACAGGAGAUGCUCUUGUUUUGCAAACAAAUAUUUUUGCAAAGAAAUCUCACCCUACUUGUUACAAUUUCAAGAAACAAAGUGGUUUCGUCUGAAUGGAUUUUCUGACAGAAAACGGUUUCCAUGCAAAUGUUCACACCUUAUUUCCUGGGCUUUAUCCCUGCCUCCGGGGGGUUGUUGUCUGUUAGUUAGAACAGGAGUCAGGACUGUUGUCUUCUCUUUCUGGCUCCGUCACCGCUUUGCUGUGUGACACCUUGGGUAGGUCCAAUGGGAACAGGGUCAAUUCUCUAACUCCAGGCAGCAGUGAGCCUGGGUGAGAUAAGGGAUGUUAAGGCCGUCUGCGAAGGAGAAAGGGAUGUUUCCAGGUGCUGAAUGUCAAGAACUCUAAACUUUGCUAAAAUGGCUAGUCUCGAGAAACAAGAACUAGUUGGGGCCAAACUUUAACCAUUGUCUUUUUUAAAGGCCAUUCAGGGAUGUGAGUCCCAGAGAGCCAUAGAGAGGGGGAGCAUCUUGCCCAAAGUCCCACAGAUCAAGAGGCAGCAAUGGAAGCAGGAGUGACCCUCCCUCUCAAAGGCAGGGGGACCAGACAUUAGGGCCUGGUUGCAAUUGCCAGCUGUGGGAGGGAGUGUGCGGCAGUGGUUAGUGAAGGGGUCCAUCCAUGGCUCUGACACUCAGUGUGACCCUGAGCUGGUAGCUGAGGCCAGUUUGCUAUCAGUAGGGUUGGGGUCCCAUGGCUACAGCCCAGCGGGGUUGGGAGGCUCCAGGAAGGUGUGUAAAGUGCUGGGAUGUCAGGAUCCUGGAGGCGCUGUCACCUCCGCCCUAGGGCAGUGUUCUGCACCCCCCUGCUGCUGGCUGAGUUUCUCCGUCCCUUGGCAAUAAGACAGACUCUUGUUUUCACAGCCAGUCAAUCGCCCUCGUGUCAUCACCCUGCCUGCUGGCUGGGCAGGGUAACUCCUGAGGUCACCACCCUCUCCAGCCUGCCUUGGGCUUGGAGAGUGAGGAGGAGGGCGAGGGACGUCUGCUGACCCUGAACAUCCGCCAUCCAUCAUCCCAUCACUGAGAGCAAGAUGGCCAGGCUCCUGCGGAUGGUCCGGAGGAAGGCUCUGCAGGUGGCCCCAGAGCCUGAGGGAAGCAGCUGCCACCUUCCCAAGGGGCAGAGCAAGCCCUGCGUCCCCGCUGGCGGGGAAGCAGCUCCCGUCCAGGCCAGACGGCGGAAGUGCCCGGCCUUCUGGAAAAGGAACCCGGCUCCCGGCGCAGGCGCCGAGCUGGGAGAGGCCCCGACCAGGCCCCAGUGGAGCUGGCCCAGGCUGCGGUUUCGCAGACAGGACCCAGCCCAGGAGGGGCACCGGGCAGGGUGGCUCUGGGGCUUGUUGUGUGGGCAGCAGCGGCCCCAGGAGCCCAGCCCUCCUUCCCAUCAGGAGGCAUCGCCCUGCCCGGUCUCUGAGGCCCUUCCAGCCCCCGCCGGCCAGGAGGGGGAAGGUCCCUGUCCCAGCACCGGCAGCUCAGCAUGGGACAGCGGCAGCACCUGGGCCUCUGGCAGCAGCCAGGCCGAUGGAGGCCACUGCUUUGUUCCAGGGACCCCCCUGGAUUCGGAGCAGGAGGAAGGGGUGGACAUGGCCGAAGAUGAAGCUGCUCUCAAGGUCAUCCGAGAGCAGCUCCAGUGCAGAGAUAAGCACCAUGAAACCUGCCCUGGAGCCAGCCCUAGAGACCCACCUCUUGCGAGCUGCCCUUCACUCCGUCUUCACCCUGGGCACGGAGAAGGACACCACCGACAUCCAGGCUCUGCACAAAGUCAUCCCAGAGGUCCUGGAUGCCAUGCUGGGGAACCUGCUGGCAGAGUCCCCAGACACAGACAGGCUCCACUUCAUCUUGGAGCAUGUCAACUUGUGGGUCGUGUCCAGGGUGUCGCAGGAGCGAGCCAGGGCUAUCAGGAGCAGCACAGCCCUGCUGAGAUACACAGUCACCCUCCCUGAGUUUGACAUCUCAGCCGAGUUCCCUAGGAUGGGUCACCAUGUGGCCCAGCUGGCUCUAUUUGUCAGCGAUCCAGACAAGGACAUCAGCCGGCAGGCCAGGGAGGGGACUUACCGGCUCUACCAACUGCUGCUCCAACAGAGGGGGCUGACCAUACAUGACGCGGAAGAUCUCUGGUGCUAUGACUGGCACCAGGACAGAAGGCUCUUAGGCUACAAGAAUACAGCCAGAGUGGGGGAGGUCUUUGGAAAAUUCUUCUCCAUCGGGCAGAAAAGAUCCUUUGUGCAGACAGCAGUGCUGGCCAUCCACAACCCCCUGCUGCGUGUCAGCCAGGCUGGGCUGGUGCUCGUCUACUCCCUCCUGGGGGAAGCCCAGCAACUGAUGGGGGUCACGCACGAGGAUGUCACAGCCAAGGUCAUGUGCCAGCUUCACAUCAUCAGGCACUUGCACCAGAUGCCCGAGGUGCUGCAAGGGCUGUGGCUCAUCUGAUGCUCUUCAAGGUUCCGCUCCCUGUUCAGCAAGUCCCGCUCCCUGCUGCAGGUAGAGAUCUUCCUGCCCCAUAUGGCGCAGAAGGACCUUUGUGUCAGAUCUACAGACUGUCUGCCCAACUGAAGCUCAGGAAGCUCCACAUUUGAGGAGCAAGAGACUCCGCAGAGAACUCCUCAAACCUGUUCUCCUGGGAGCGUUUGUGGGAGGAGGCUCCCAUCCCUCAGUCUCCAACUCCAUCAUGCAGUCUCUUUUACCUAACAUCUCCGCUCUCCAGCUCCACUUCCCGCAGCAGGACAAACGGACCUUCAGCUCCUAGAGAACAGACUCUGACCUCCUUCUGAUCAGCAAUGGGGUUUCACCAUCCCCUCAGCAAACCUGUCAGCUGGGCUGGACCGGAUUUGAAGGAGGAGGGUAUCGAAGAGGGUGGCUUGGCCUAUGGCUGCCUAGCCUGGGGCUAGGCCAAAUUGAUGACCAAGUGAGCCCCACCUGAGAGGAAACAAGGGGAAACAGCAGCAAAAGUCCAGAAGCAGAGCGAGCUGUUCAGUCGACGGCCUUGGGCCAAACCCUGGAGUCCAGGGUAGGACUGGCUUCUCUCACCGUCCCUAAGGAAGGGGACAUAGAAGACCCUAGAAACCCAAGAAGGGCAGGCCGAGCCGAAAUCAGGCUGAGAGAGAACUCCCCACGAGGGUGGAAGGCCUUGUUUCUGUUCAAGACAUUUUUGGACUUUGUUUGGAAGGAGCAGGACCCAGGAAGGAGCGGAGUAAAGGCCAGUCACCUGGUUGGAGGGCUGAGUUCCCAGCCAAGAAAGUGCAAGAGUGAGUCUCAGCGGGGUUGCUAGCCCAGCUCGAAAGCGGUGACACGAGGCCUGGCCAGCAUCUAGCGACCCUCUGUUCUCCUUCUGGGCUGCCUAGACCCUGACUGUAACAUCUCUUUGGCCCAGCCUCUUACACAGACGUGUGCUGCAGCCAGCCCAGCGCAGGGAGCAGUGGGGACAGAUGAUCUCAUCCUGUCAGACAAAGCAACAUGGGUCCCAUUGAGGCUUAGAUGGAAGAUCCCAGGCAUCUCCUGGAGAGGAUGCGUCCGGGACACUGGAGACUGUUUCGUGCAGGAGGUUUGAGCGGGGAGAGAUCACUCCUUGUCAUGACCCUUGGGUCAUUAACCCGGGUCUGCAGGGUUCCUGGGAGCAGCCACCCUCCAGCACGCCACCUGGAAGCCUACGAAAAACUGCUUAGCUAGGACUGACGAAGUCCAGACCCAGUUUGAGGCUCCUAUUGGCAGAGUCCCAGAGCAGCUAAUCAGCCCCCGGGACCUCUUUA